AUGCCUGUCAUGCGCCCCCGAACCCUCCUCCUGCUGCUGCUGCUGCUGCUGCUGUCGGGGACCCUGGGCCUGGCCCAGACCAGUGCAGGCUCGCACUCCCUGAGGUUCUUGAACACGGUCGUAUCCCGGCCUGGCCACGGGGAGCCCCGCCACUGGGCAGUCGCCUACGUGGACGACACGCCGUUCGAACGGUUCAACAGCGAACGCGAGGGUCGGCGGCCUGAGCCGCUGGUGCGGUGGCUGGAGCAGGAGGGGCCUGAGUACUGGGAAGAGCGCACGCUGAACUCCAGGACCUGCACACAGGUCCUCCGAAGGACGCUGAACGAAGUUUCGCAGGACUACUCCAAUCAGAGCAGGACCGGGUCUCACACCUUCCAGACUAUAACAGGCUGCGACGUGGGACCUGAUGGGCGCUUCCUGCGCGGGUACCAGCGUCACGCCUAUGACGGCCUGGAUUACAUCACCCUGAGCGAGGACCUGCGCUCCUGGAUCGUGGAGGACCCGGUGGCUCAGAUCACUCGGCGCAAGUGGGAUGCGGCCACUGUAGCUGAGAACCGUAAGAACUUCCUGGAGGGCAGGUGCUUGGAGUGGCUCCGCAGACACCUGGAGAAUGGGAGGGAGACGCUGCAGCGCGCAGACCCCCCCAAAACAUCUGUGACCCGCCGUCCCAUCUCUGAGCAUGAGGUCACCCUGAAGUGCUGGGCUCUGGGCUUCUACCCUGCGGAGAUCACCUUGACCUGGCAGCGUGAUGGGGAGGACCAGACCCAGGACACAGAGCUUGUGGAGACCAGGCCUGGAGGAGAUGGGACCUUCCAGAAGUGGGCAGCUGUGGUGGUGCCUUCUGGAGAGGAGCAGAGAUACACAUGCCAUAUUCUGCACAAGAGCCUGCCCAAGCCCAUCACCUUGAGAUGGGAACCACCUCCUCAGUCCACCAUCCCCAUAGUGAGCAUCAUUGCUGGCCUGGUUCUCCUUGUGAUCACUGGAGCUAUGCUGGUUGGAGUUGUGAUAUGGAGGAAGAAGCACUCAGGCAGAAAAGGAGGGAGCUACUCACAGGCUGAAAAUAAGUAUGGAGGGAGCAGUGCUCAGGACUCUCAGAUGUCUGUCAUGGCUCCUAAUGAGCAAGCCAGCUGCCUUGUGGGACUCUGA